CCGAUGCAGUUAUUGGCUUAAUCUGAAGUUGUGCUGGAGUAUUACCGAUGAUAGGCUUGAUUUAUUGUUGUCUGCUAUCACUGACGGAGGUGUUUGUGGAUGGUUCAGGUAUGUGCAGGUGUUUGGCAGGCUUCUUAAGCAUCAGAUCCCGCUAAACCAUUCCCCGCUCUUCAUCCAUCAUGUUACUAUCCAUCCCAUUCCUGACUUUCACCCUACAGUGUGCCAGCUGUUUAUCAGAGUAAAUCAAGGCACGCAGACAGCAUACACUUCAGGACUGCAUCAGGUUGAUGUCGGUCUGAUGGACAGAGUGUGUUUUGUUCUGGAUCCUCCUCAGAUGAUCAAAGGUGAUAUCAUGAUUGUGUGUUAUCAUAAAAAUGUUUCCACGAGGACUCAGGAAACAUUGUUUCGUGCUCAGUUUCACACUGCUGCUCUGAGUGCAAAACAAUUUGCCUUGCAGAAAGAAGACCUGGAUCUGGCCAACAAAGACCCAAGAUUCCCAGAGAACUGUGUGGUGGAAGUGCUUUUUUCAGAAGUUGCAGACAAAGAUCCAACUCUUGCUUCAGACUGUGACCAAUGGAGGAGUAGUUUGGCAGUUGUCAUUGAAAAUGAUCUUCCGGAUUCACUACAGACCCAGUGGGACUUAAGCGAAAAUCUUCCAGCAACAGCCAAGCCACACGAAGGCACCCGCUCUUUAAGCAGUGACUCUGGACUCUCCAGCUCCUCCCAGUGGACCGGAGGACAAGCCUCUGGGCUCCUAAUCAGCUACAGCCCUGAGGAGAACAACCAGCUCAACACAGUGACCCCUGGACUCAGAAUGGAGGAGGAACAAUCAUCUCCAGGCACCUUGAGACGGGACCCUACAACCAGUCAAUCCGUUCUUGAUUAUUCUGGACACUUAAAUGGUGACUCUAUGUUCACAGAGCGGGAGACAGACAUUAUAGAUGACGAUGAGGAUGACAUCACCUCCCCUAAUGAUGCCAUUGCUGCUGUUUCAGACUCGCUGUCCUUUAAGGAAACGUCUGGUUUGUCUUCAGGUCAGAGUUCUGAUUAUCAAAAUGAAGCUUCUCCUGCCAAAUUUCGUGGUGACGUGAAUACCUCGAACUCUGUCAUAGACACUUCAGUUCCUGCAGGAUAUCAGACACGUAUAUGGGUGAAACAACAGCAGUCUACAUCUUACGCACACACUCCAACAGACAGACUGGAAGUCAAGCAGGAGCUCCGAAGUGAUGCAAGCAAGCCUUCAACGCCAGAUAAUUGUCUUCCAGAGGCGCCGUCAGAGACAGAUAAGGAUGAUGUCAUGGCUUUGGAUCAAUCAAUCGAACAGCUCAAUCAGCUGAUCCUGGACCUCGACCCAGAAUUUAAGCCAAUCCCUACACAGCCACAGAGUCACAUGACACGCUCAGCCUCCCUUUACACUAAUGGAAAGACACAAUCAAUGGGGAAAGCCAAAUCUCACCUAUCAGGUUGGAGACAAAAACAGCUCAGCGAUGUCUCCGAAUACUCUGUGCUGCAGAAUACGAGUGGGGAUCAAACACAGAACACCCAGAGAUUCGAUUUUAGCACGCCAUCUCUGCGAGGCUUGUAUCACACUGACGCCGUUGACUUUGGUGACCUCCCUCCAGAAGUUGACAGACCACUGUGGGUGGGUUUAAAUCAAGCUCCGCCCACACCAGCAUUUCCUGUCACACCCCCCACUCCAUAUGUGAAGAGCGGUAAUGACUUCACCAAUUCAAGACCUGGCUCUCAAACCAGUAGACACUACAUGAGCUCUCCAGUAUGGCAAGAGUCGAGAGGAUUCACAGACAGCAUGACACACACAUCUAUGUCAUCUGACGGAGAGAUCUUCCAUUCUGAUGUCACAGGAAGUCCCGCCUCCUGCCAGAGGAUGUUCGGAUCACUGCACUCGAUCUCCACCCCCAGUCCAUUGGUCAAUGCGGACAGCCCCACUCCAGCUCAUUCCUGGUUAGAGGGUGGAUCCAGUACCCCGUUAAGUCACUACACACCUCAACCCUCCCCACCGCUCACCCUCUCAGCCCCGAACUCCCACAGUUCCCCUCGCAGAGCCCCUCGGAGCCUGUCCUCCGCUCUGGAUAUGGGAAGUCUGGAGAGCAGCCUGCUGGAGGCAGUGGAGGGCCUGGAGGCUCUGGGUCUGGAUGUGGCUCAGCCUCCACUUCUGCCCCUGAAGAGACGCGGGACUGACGGAUCAGAGAACAUGUUGAGUUUCCCGCUCAGCAGGAGCACUGUCAGCACAUCCUACGCCAGUCACAACACCUCACCCUCCAGAUCCACACCGAGUCCAGAUUUCAUGGCCAGUAAACCUGAAAAUGUGAAGUUUGUUCAGGAUACUUCAAAGUUCUGGUACAAGCCGGAUAUUUCGAGAGAGCAAGCUAUUUCCGUUCUGAAGGAUAAAGAGCCUGGCUCCUUCAUCAUCAGGGACAGUCACUCAUUCAGAGGAGCGUACGGAUUGGCCAUGAAGGUGGCCACGCCCCCUCCCACUGUUCUACAGACAAGCAGGAAAGUGGGCGAUCUGUCCAAUGAGCUCGUGAGGCAUUUCCUGAUCGAGUGCACACCGAAAGGAGUGCGGUUAAAAGGCUGUCCUAAUGAACCCUAUUUUGGAAGUCUGACAGCAUUGGUGUGUCAGCAUUCAAUCACACCUUUGGCUUUACCCUGCAGACUCAUCAUCCCAAGCAGAGACCCUCUCGAGGAGUUCAACGAGUCUCCAACACAGACGUCCACAAACUCUGCUGCAGAGCUACUGAAGCAGGGAGCAGCAUGUAACGUGUGGUUCCUGGGCAGUGUGGAUCUGGAGUCUCUGACAGGAGUUCAGGGGGUUCAGAAGGCCACCACGGUCACCUUCAAUAAGGAUCCUCCACCAACAUCCACAGUCGUCCACUUUAAAGUGUCUGCACAGGGAAUCACCCUCACAGACAACCAGCGGAAAUUGUUCUUUAGGAGACACUAUGCAGUCUCUACAGUGAUAUUCUGUGCCCUGGACCCUCAAGACAGGAAAUGGAAGCGAGACGGCUGCACUGCUGCAAAGAUCUUUGGUUUCAUCGCGAGGAAAAGUGGAAGCAGCACAGAGAAUGUGUGUCACCUGUUUGCCGAACACGACCCCGAACAGCCCGCCAGCGCCAUCGUCAACUUUGUCUCCAAAGUUAUGAUUGGCUCUCAGAAGAACAAGUAAACCAAUGAUUUCGAAGAGCAAAACGUAUUUAAAGUAUUCUACAUGCUACUACUUUGACAUUGUUAUGGAUGAAGCUUCAUUGAUUCUCCUUGGAGUUUUUUGGGCAAGAUACACAGGGAUUGAGAUCAUGAACAGAUUUUGUUGGUGGGUCUUUUUUUAUUUAAUCUUUUUAACAAGACCCAGAACUUUAUUUCACUUUUGACCGUCUGAAAAGGCGUUCAGUUUGAAAUUUGAAAUGUGGGUUACUGUUGCGUUAACAGGACUCAUCCAGUCGGGGGCGCCACAUUUCUUUGUGGCUCAAUCUGGCACUGACAUAAACAGCCCGCUCAAAGCAAAGUGAAGGGACUAUGGAGGAAUACAGCUCACUGUUAUGUUAUUUUACCCGCCACAAAGACUUCCUUUGCAGUAUUUCAAGGUUCCUUGGUUUCCUUGGAAAGAAUAAACUGAGGUUUAGCUACAUUAAUUUCUGCGUUUUGUCUGGGCACAUACAUCUACAAAACCAAAGAGCAUUUCGCAUAUCAAUUUACGAUGUUUUUGAUUAUAAAUAUCAAGAUGUGUAUUCAAUAUUAAAUAAUACUUAACGUUUUUAUAGCUCAAAACAUUCAGUACGUCGUUUAUCUGAGUGUUUGUUUGUAAGCGCUGAGCUAACAUUUCCAGUCCGUGAUAAGUGUUUUCCUUAAAAAGCAUAUUUGCUUUGACUUUGUUUAUAUAUUUGGAAAUAUUUAUCAUAUAACUCAUAUUCUGUGUAUACUUAUCCCUUACUCGUCUAUGCAGAACGAGUGUUAAAACGUCUUACGUGAUAAAUUACCUAAUUUGAGAAGGAAAAACAUGUCAUUACUCAUGUUUUUUUUUUUUUUUUUACCGAGCAAACGUUUCAAAGCUUGAUCAAAGAGGAUUCUGGGUUAAAAGUUUCACUUGGAAUUCAUCACAUAAGUGCACAAGUGCCAUUACUUCUCUUACUUUAGGAAGCAAGAACUGUUUUCAUUCCGUAUGCUUGUCUCGUCCUGCCUAAUUCUUUGGUUUAUUUGUAAAUUAAUGUUUUAUGGAUUGUAUACAUGUGCACAAUACAAUAAAGUAAUUGUGUGGUACUAA